GUGGCUCGCCAGCUUCAGAUUCAAAUAGACUGCAAGAAAGACAGCCUGCAAUGUCACAGAUGGAACAAGGCAUGGAGACCAUCAUCAAAACCUUCCACAAGCACUCUGGCAAGGAGGGAGAUCCAGACACCCUGAGCCAGAAAGAAUUCAAACAGUUGCUGAAUAAGGAUAUGCCAAACACCUUCAAGAAAGAGAAAAAGGAUAAAAAAGCCAUGAAUCACAUGAUGGAAGAUCUCGACACAGAUAAAGAUGGUCAGUUGUGCUUUGAUGAAUUUGUAGACCUGUUAGUUAAGGUAUUGAUAACGGAUCAUAAGAAGACCCAUAAGAAUGUGUCCUCAUAUGACAAUGGCCUAAGUCAUGAUCCCAGCUAUGGGCCAAGCCUCAGAGAGGGUGACAACCGUGGCAACUGCCAUAGCAAAUAACCAGAAGGCCAAGCCACCUUGGACUUGCCCAAACAAAGCUACAGAGAAGAUUGUAUCACACAUCCUUGGUUGUGGAACUGUGGGAUGGGGAACAAUAAAGUCUGUCUC